GGUAACAUUGACUACCGUAAUGGAGGAGUACACAUUGGUGUUGAACAGGUUGGUUCAACUUUGCACUUUGGACCUAAUCCGGAUCAAAAUGGUUGGGCUACUACUGUUGCAUACAGAAAUUCCGCUGCCGGCCAAGGUUUCAACAACGGCUUCCAUUUGUACCAACUCGAGUGGACCCCAGAUCAUAUUACAUUUAGCGUAGAUAACCAGGUGCUUCGACGCAAUGAUGCUGGUUCUGGAUUCUGGGCUAAGGGUGGUUUUGUUACUACUUCACCGGCUUCCGAGAACCCAUGGAUGCAUGCUACUACAAUGGCUCCGUUUGAUCAAGAAUUCUACAUCAUCAUGAAUUUGGCCAUCGGAGGAACCAACGGUUACUUCCCCGAUGUUCCGCCAGCAACCAAUGGCGCUCGUGGUAAGCCCUGGGCAAACACUUCACCAACUGCGGCACGUGAUUUCUGGAAUGGCAGGAAUUAUUGGCUCCCGACCUGGCGCAUGGCGGAAAAUAGAGGAAAGGAAUCAUCGUUCCAGGUAGACUACGUGCGAGUAUGGGCUUUGUAGUUUGAAGGAAUAAAAGUAAACACUACGUUUUGCAUAACAUAUUUGCAUUA